UGUGUCUCGCCUUGACAUUUUACACCCCACAGCGGCGACUCGGAGGAGGGUUGCACGUCCCAGCCCUGAAGUUCUGUGGGUGGGGCGGGCUUUAAUUUGCUUAUAUCUAAUGAUUUCAGGAGCCUCGCUUUAAAAUGGCGGCAUUCAGUACGCACCCCUGCUAGAGGCUCUCCCGGCACCGGGGCCACCUCGCGCAGCGCUGCUUUUGCUUCUGCCGCUAACAGAUGGCAUGUGCCGCUGCCGCUGCCCCCGCCGCUGCCGCUGAGAGCGGGACCCCUUAGCCGCUGGGUUUGCGCUAGCAGCAGAAGGUUUCUGAAAAGUGCCUUUUCUGAAAACUACUGCUUGGAUUCCACUCUAGAACUGUCUCUUUACAACCCCCCCCCCGACCUGACCCUCUGCCAACCUGGUGUGCUUGUAGUUCACUCUCAGUAACGUGCCCAUUCUUUUUUCCCUUUGAUUCUCCGUUUUCACGGUCAUUUUUCCUCCUCCUGAUUUUGCAGCAAUUUUUUUUACAGUCCUGACAUCCUUACCAAUAUUAAUCAUUAAAUCAAAGAAAUAGGAAGAAAAAGUUUUCUCCCCUUGAUCUGAGACCAUUCCACAAAUUGAAGGGCAGCCAGCAGCAUAUGCUUUUUGCACGAGUAAUUGAAAACAUCAACCGGAGAGCACAAAAUUCUUUUGAAAUCCUGCCAGUUAUUUGAAGGAACUUCAGCAGAGGAACAAAUUAAACACUCAAUAUCUUAACCUUUCUGGUUGCCUUCUUAGGAGUUGGUCUCUAAUUUGAUUUUUAGUUACUCCGGUACAAGUUUUAUUUUGUGAUUGGCUCUUUGUUUGACUAGACCAAAUUUUGGCUUAAAUGAAAACCUAAGUGCUAACAAAGAAGCAUUUCACCAAAGCAACCUGUUAUCUCUUCACAUUUAGCUUGAAUUCAUUUUUGACCUCUUAACAGCAGUAAAGCUGUCCUAGAGAGGGUGCCCUUGAUUUUAACUUUGCUUUCAAUAUGACGGCUGUCAAUGUCACCCUGGUUCGUGACACCAAGUGGCUGACUUUAGAAGUCUGCAGAGAAUUUCAGAGAGGAACCUGCUCGCGAGCUGAUGCGGAUUGCAAGUUUGCCCAUCCGCCGAGGGUUUGCCACGUGGAAAAUGGUCGUGUGGUGGCAUGCUUUGAUUCUUUAAAGGGUCGGUGUGCUAGAGAGAACUGCAAGUACCUCCACCCUCCUCCACACCUAAAAACGCAGCUGGAAAUUAAUGGACGGAACAAUCUGAUUCAACAGAAGACUGCCGCAGCCAUGUUCGCCCAGCAAAUGCAGUUUAUGCUCCAGAAUGCUCAGAUGGCAUCACUUACUUCUUUUCCUGUGAAUCCUCCACUUGCAGCUAAUCCUGCCAUGGCUUUCAAUCCUUACUUACCUCAUCCUGGGAUGGGCCUGCUUCCUGCUGAACUUGUACCGAAUGCACCUGUUCUGAUUUCUGGAAACCCGCCUCUCGCAUUGCCAGGAGCUGCUGGUCCCAAACCGAUGCGUUCAGAUAAACUGGAGGUUUGCCGAGAAUUCCAGCGUGGAAACUGUACCCGUGGUGAGAACGAUUGCCGCUACGCUCACCCUACAGAUGUUUCCAUGAUCGAGGCAAGCGAUAAUACUGUGACCAUCUGCAUGGAUUACAUCAAAGGGCGAUGCUCCCGGGAGAAAUGCAAGUACUUUCAUCCUCCUGCUCACUUGCAAGCCAAACUCAGGGCAGCUCAUCACCAGAUGAACCAUUCAGCUGCCGCCGCGAUGGCCCUUCAGCCUGGUGCACUUCAACUGAUACCAAAGAGAUCGGCGCUUGAAAAGACCAAUGGUGCGACUCCGUUCUUUAACCCCAGUGUUUUCCACUGCCAGCAGGCUCUGGCUGGCCUGCAGCUCCAGCCACCAGCAUAUAUCCCUGCAGUCGAAAUUCUGAACAACAGAGCUAUGGAGUAUCAGGAUCUCUCCGUGAGAACCUCCAUAUGGCCUUUCUAUAUAUAUUCUCAUAGGUCUUCUACCAACACAAGAAUAAGUGUGGUACAGUCAAUAUAUUAAACAAAACCCACUUACCAACCAACAAAGUCAAACAAAAAUACAACAUUAACCAAUCAGUGCAGAUGUUAAAACAUGAAUAGAAAACUACCAUUUAUCUUAUCUGAAUUAUUAGGUAGAACGUGACCGUAACAUUUUGUCAUUUGUUGCAUUAUUCUUUGUGAUUUUCCAAUAACAAAUAUGCUGAGUGAAUCUCUACAGUGGACUGUUGGCUUACUGUGCAUUCUUGGUGGAUAAAUGUUCAUCUGUUUUGAAGUGUUACCUUACUGUUUUGUUUACACAAUAGUCUAUUGGGUUGAUUUAGAAUGUAGCAAAUGUAUCCAAUACCGUUUUUCCCACUAUUGUAUUGUAUUGUAUUGUAUUGUAUUGUAUUGUAUUGUGGUGUGAUGUGAUGUGUUAGGUUUUUACAUACUAUAGUGUUUUCCUCUAGAUGUGUGGUGUUUGAUUUCAACUAAAAUAUUACUAAUGGGAAGCAGAAAUAUCUGUGUUUAAAACCAUUACAGAUUAAUAUUAAUAUGCUUUCUCUCUCUUUAGAACAUGUCUGUAGGUUUCUUGGGGCAGACUUUUAAAAGGCCUCACUUUUGAGUGUGCGCAAAGCCUGUUCAUAAGCAUGCAUGUGUAUAAUUUGUACCUGCAGAUCUGACCUUGCAUAAUACAAUCACGUGAGUAGGUAUUUUUUUGUGAGAGAGAAAUAAUUACCUGCAAAAAAACCCAGGAAACUUCUUGAAAUAUGAACCUCUAAUCUCACUCCUUAAGAAGCUUGCAAAAUUACAAUUUACCUGUAAGUGAAUUUCUCUGCAUUUAUCCUAAAAGAAUUAUGUAAGGUGCCCGUUUCAUUUUUUGUGGUUCAAGGAUCCUAUCUCCUAGGUUGAGCAUCUAAAGCUGAGCCAUUUGUCAAAUUCAGCUGAAAAUUGUUACUUGGAGGCUUAAAGGUAUGCUAAUUGUAGGUUAUAAAUUAAACAGAGAGAUGGAGGGGUAGAGAUAGUUUUUACAUUUUGGAGGAAAGUGUGUAAAAAAACCAUUGCAAUGUAACCUUUUACACAAGUGCCAUUCUCUGAAUACAAAUGGCUCGUGCUCUUUAGACUUGUCUUUGAAUAAUAAGUAAGCUCCAAUCUUGCAAAAGUCAGGGUGACGGAGAUUUGAUUCGAAGGGAGGCCCUUGUCCCCCAGAUGGACAGUCUUCCAACUGAUCACAGUUGGAGCCCGAGUAUGGGUUUGGAGAAAUGGUGGGGUGGCGAGGCGGGGUAGGAAGGCAUUUUAAAUUAUUCUCUGAUUUACUUAAAACUUAUAGGAGGGCUGUCCACGAUUGUCUUUAGCUUCCAUUCGACUGAAUCUCCACUUCUGCUGACCCCUUCAGUGAAGGAGCAGGUGCCUAUGCCAAGUGCUGCCCUUCCCAGACUUGAUUGACAAGAGUCUCUCCUAUCAUAACCCAGCCAUUUGUUUGUUUCUUUAUUUAGGUCUGUUGGUUUUAUAUGUAUUUGAAAAUUAUAAUAGAGAGGUUUUUAGCACCCUUUGGAUGAAACAGACCAGCUAUACCCCAUAGAGCUGAGCUGAAUUCACAUUACUAAUACUUAUGAAAAUAAUUUAUAACCAAGUAAAAUAGUGAUUCCUAUGGCAUGUGACGUAGCUCCUCCAGGUACUCAGCGAUUAAAGUUCCUAUUCUUACACCGUGCUGGAACCGUAGGAUAUAAUAUUUGCUACUAAAUAUUUAUUCUUUCACUAGAAAGCAUGCAAUCAUCAAAUUUAACAUGUAAGCCACGUUUAUUUUCCUGCAUGAAAAUGGCAGGCAAAGAGAAAAUUCCCACUUAGGAUACCUUAAGCUGGCUAGCAGCAUUUGAAUCACAGAACGAAGGAGUUGGCAAACCCUUCUCACAAUCGAUGAAACCGAGGCCUAGGGCAUGUGACCUGCUCAAGGCCACCUACCUACCUGAUCGGUGACAGUAAGACCCUGAACAACUCUCCUGACUUUCUGUUGUUCCUCUGUUUCACAUUGUGCUUCGGAACAUUUGAGACCCCAUCCCGAAGCAGAUCAAUAUAGCUCAGGAUACAAAAGAGCAAAAAAUAGCUGUUUGGUAUGUGAUAGCCUGUUGUUCUUAAUUCGGAAUCCCAGAUCCUGAUCAUCAGUAAUUUCAAGAUAUUGUCAUCUGUUAACAGUAUUGCCUGGGGUUACAGAAUAAGAGGUGUCCUGACUUUUACCUGUUGAUUCCUUGAACCACUUAAUUUCUGUUUCCCAAAAUCUUAACAUUCUUAGAGAAGAAAGUAGUGUACGCCUUUGUGAAAUGACUUGUGUGUAGAGCUGAGUUUUGUGUAACUGUGCCAGUCCCUUUCCGGAAGGGCAGAGCUAAUCCCACAAAUCGGGGAAGGAUACACCUGAGCCAGACUGGUUGUAUUCCUUAAAGGGGUUAGAGAUGUUUUCAGUGCAGAACGAACUCUUUUUGUGUCAUUCGACGUUUCGCGAAAGCAUGCUGUCUCAUUUCACCUUUGAAACUCCUGGCGAAGAUGCACAUAGACAAGAAACCUAGAGAACAGCAGUGUUUCUGAUGCUGUGAGCACUGGAAGACAUCAGUAGUGACUUAUUUUUUAGUAAGAGGGUCCGUGAAGGAUAUUCAGGGUAGUUGUAGAUUUGGUGCCAUAAUAUUUGAUAAUGGCUGGCAUUUUACAAGUUGCUUUGUAAAUGAAUUUAAAGAAAGAAAACUCAAAGCACUAAAGUUUUGAUCAGAUGUGAAAGAACUUUGACAAAAAGGCAAUUUUAAGAUAGCACUCUUUAAACUAGUUGUGCAAUGUCUUAUUCAAAUUAUGUUUAUUCAAGAAAAGAAGAAAGGAAAGUCAUUAGACUAUAAAUUCGCAGUUCAAAAGCCAAGUCACAAGACUAAUCAGUGACUCUAAACAACAAUUUACUGGAUGAAUUGUAUAUAUUAAAUUCCAACCACUUGUGAUUCUUAGUUAACAUUUUAUAAGCUUUGUAUAUGACAAGGGCUUCUAUUCUUAUUUAUCCAAAAUUAUUGUCUUUGUCCACUUCUCUCACUCAGCCUUUUGUAAAAUUAGGCCAGAGUACUGAAACUUGGAUAAAACAGGUCAGGUAUACAGAGAAAAUCAUCUAGAAGUUAUCUGUUAAGAGGGUUUUAGUAGUAUCCAAAAUUUUUUUUUCAAAAGGCACUAUGUGACCAUAAGUAUAUUUUAAAGAGGGAUAAAGAUUAAAUUAAAACCAAAUGGAUUCAUAAAAUUGCUACUUAAAUACAGUAUUUACUUUGAAAAUUGGAGCAUGAUUCUCUGACCAGCUGUUGCGUUUCAUCUCAUUUGUCUAGACUAGAGUCUAAUUUGUAGUUCGUUGUCAUGUGAAAAGCCAUCUUCUCCCUCCUCCAUCCACCUUCGCCAUCCGUUUUUUGAACACGUGAAAGCACUUUGAUCUUGCCGUUAAGUGUUGUCCUCUUUUUGUCUCUUCUCCAUUUCUACACACGUUUAAAUAGAAGUAGGGAAAUCUGAUUCCCCAAUUCUGUUGAAUAGAUGUAGGAAGAUAGUGGCCUGAUUUUUCAUUGUACCAGUCAGUGCCUGUCAAAGGCACCGGAAUGAAUAGUAUCGAAAAGAGUGUCACAACUUUUUUUGCAAACUUAGUUGAUUGCAUCAUCAAACUGUCGAUUUAAUUACAAGAUCUGGGUUCUGAGCACCAAGUCACCGAUUGGUGCCAUGUUUUCAUUUUUCUUUUUUAGUUUUUAAGGUUUUCAUUUUACUACGUUUUUUGUAUCUAAGUAACUCAUGAACUUAAUUUUGAAGGAGAGUUAGAGAAAGUUGGAUUUUACUACAUGUAUUCAACCCACCUAGAUAGGUUUGACACUGAUACUGAAGCAUGACAACAUAGAGAUUAUAGUCCAUAGUUAUUCUUUACAGCUCACAGUUUAAGAACAAACUUAACUUUAUAUACAAAUAAUAAUUUUUAACUAAUUAUAUUUAGUCGUUGCUUGAGCAACAAAACUACAACAUGGCUACCUUUAGACACAUUUUUUUGAUAAUAAUUUUACUUGUGAACUAUACAUGGUUUUUGGCAGUAUGAGCCUGUAGAAGGUACAGCUCAAAACUCAGAGAACAGAUCUAGCGGAAUUGUCCUUGAAGCCCAAAUUGCCACGCAAACGCUGAAUGUGUGUCCUUGUAUGACUUUUGGAUCAAAAAGUUUACAACACAUGGAUUCUAGGGUCAGCUUUAUAGCUUAUAGAAUUUGUUGUGUGGAUAGGGUUAUUCCACAGUGUUUAGACUCCAAAACACAAUUAUUGCAUUUAUAAUCUGUUACCUGACCUUUUUUCAUGACAUUGUGUUUUCCAAAUUACCCCGUGCAGGAGGCGUAGCUGUCACGGCAAAAAUUCUCUUUUCUGGAAUUGUGUACUCACACAAAUAUAUCCAAGUGAGGAUUGAAGAAUGAUGAAAGCCUAUUUUGAAAUCAAUUCCAAUUUGUAAAACCACGCAUAAAGAUACUGUGGAAUGACCCCUUAACAGUGUUUGAGAGGCAUAUGCUGCAGCCAACUGAUGGUCUCAGUUAGGGUGCGACUGUGUGAGAAACACCUUUUUUGCACUUAUGUACAUAGUCCAUGAACACUAUGCUUGGAGUUUUUGUUUUUUUAAUAUAAGAAAUCUGUGAUAAUAGUGGAAAAGUUAGUAAGAUAGAGGUAUUUCUAAGGCCUUGAGGAAGAGGGGGAUUUUGCUUAAGAAGACGUAACUAAAGCCUGAUGUUGCUUUGCUGUUGCGGAAGCUUUCUGGUUUGCUACAGGUAGGUCACCAAAAGAAAAGACUGGUAACGGGUAACAGGUCAACUUCAGCUAAUAGCACUGACUGAAAGUGACAGUACUUCUUCUUUUACCAAGCAGGACCAGUAGCACAGAUUGUUUGCUUUUUAAAUUUACUCUCCAUUGUAAACACGCACACACACACACACACACACACACACACACACACGCACCAGGCAGGGUUCUGGCAAAGGUUUUCUUUUUUCAGUGGUUGCAAGCAGUAAAACACCCUGUAAGUUACAAGAUGGAGAGUUCCAUUCUGAUCAACAGAGAUGUCAUCUUUGAUAGGAAACUCCAUAUUGAGAGGUAUCAGUUACAUCAAUUAAUACCCAUUUCAGUGACAAUCAAAUUGUUAACAUUCACCACUAUUUCCCCCUUUAAAAUCCUUAUCCUAAAACCAAAUCGGCAACCAUUGAAAGACUUAAUUUAACAAUCAAGUGUGGCCAGCUUGGGGCAUUUCGUUCCCUCUAACAACAACAACAAAAUACCCCUGGCACAGCUGUUCAGUGGAAGCUGUUUUCUGACUUCCCUUUACCAGAUUAGAAAGUGCUUCACUGUGCUGCUACAGCCUCCCACUGCUUGACCUAACAGAAGAGAACCAGUCCCAAUCUUACAUAUGGAGCUGGAAAAGAAUGUUUUAACCAGACCGCCCCUGACAAUUGGAGCUCCCCUAUCACGUACCAGUCACCAUUUCACUUUUUGUCGUCUCCAGGCAAUGAGGUUAGAUGGAUGACCAUUGGUACUUGGAGUCUUUUACGUCUUGGGGUGUGUCACCCUCGCCUUGGAGAAGUUACCCACCCUGGGAUUAAGGGAGUUGGUAUUAGUAUCACUUACCCAUGUUGAUGGUCCUCAUUUACAGAGACAGGAAGGUACGCCAAAGCCAGCAAGCAACCAAGCCUUAACGGUUGUCCAAUAGCUCAGGGCCAGUUGGUUGGCAAUUUCUCUUUUUCUCCCUUCAGCCCUUAAUCAUUUAGAGUCAGCUGUACAACUAACAGCCCAACCGUCUGACCAGCAUUUCCACUGGUAUAAAAUGUAAGCAUUCAUGCCUUCUGUAGUUAGGGACUCCCAACUCCAACCUCAUCGCCAACAUACUUUCCCAACUUACCCUGUGUUCUUGUGUUGACACUUCCUUGUGCAUCUGUACGCCACGAGAAUACAUUGUCAUGAGGUCAAUAGACAUGUAAGAUUUUAAGUGAGGAAUCAUCUAUAAAACAGUAAGAAUGAACCUAGCAGCAUCACAAAAGAUAACCGAUUAAUUGAUGGCAUGUUGUGCACACUGACAGCCGUUGGGUCACGCUCUUUGGAGCUCAGACACAGUGGCUCUAUCUCAGUAAGUCAAAUUAGAGAAUGAAGUAUAAAAAAAUGUGAAUGACUCGAGGCCAAAAAGGGACGACCUUUGUAAUUAAACCCGGGAAAGGGUUCAGUUAGACUAGUUCAUACAGUUUCCAGAGCCUCCACCUGGCCUGGAAAGAACCAUCCAUUACUACUCCAAAGCAGGAUUAUUCCAGGAAAUUUGAUCUUUAAAUAGAACCCAUCCUCAAUUAUAGCAUACCCGAAAGGAAAAAAAUAUAUCACUAUAAAAUAAGCCACAACUAUUUGAAAGUAUUGCAAAAAUUCUCACCUUCUACAUUGUACACCUUCUACAUUGUAUUACUUUAAUUAAAAAAAAAAUACCUCUGUAACAAGACCUAAAAGUAACCCAACUUUAAGCCAUGCUCUUUUCUCCCAAACACACAACCUAAAGAUUUAUCUGUCAUAGAACUGCAUGGUUGCAAAGCUUUAUGUCUGUAUACAGAUGCUAUUUGUUCAUGAUGGAAACCAAAUUAUUCUGUUGCUGUGUCUUUUGUGUCUAGCAGUUGAGAGAAUGAUCUGGCCAUCAUACCCUUGGGUUCUGGGGUUGCCCUUUUCAAAAUACAUUUCCUUUUAUUAUUACUGUUAGUGCUUGAUUAUUUGCAAAUGAGCCAUUUGUUAUCACGGCCCCAAGUUACAGUCUUUUAAAUGUAAAGAGUUUCCUAAAUGUACUCUUUUUAAAAGAGCUUUCUGUAACGUUUGUAUAACAACGUUCCAGUAUGAUGUAGAAAAUGGAAGCACACGUUUGGGGCAGAAGAUACCCGUGGAGAAGAAAAUUAUUAGCCACGUGCAACAAUUAACAAUUUAAAUAAUGACCACAAUAGUUCAGAAAUGUAAACUGUUCGCAUCAUAUUUUGCCUCCAAAAUGCAAUAGUUCAUUCCCUCAACUGCUAUCAAUAGGUUAGAUGCUUUGACUUUUUUUCUGUUUUCCCCCCCAAAUUAUAGUGCUCUACUGCUUGUUUGUGUUUAGAAGUGUGCAUUAUGCAGUCAUUUUAGUAUGCUACUUCUGCAUUGUUUAUUUUUGGUUUUUAAUAAAAUGUGUAAAUGUC